GGAAGCCGCGGGGCCUUCUAAGUCAGAAAGUCUCUGCAGCUUGCAGCAGGCUGGCCCCGGAGCUCACCACUUAGACGCAGAUCUUAGAAGCCGGCUGGGGAGAGGGCGUUGUUGCCGGAGCUGAGACCGGGCGGCCAGAGUCCGCAGGGAUGAACCUCGAGUUGCUGGAGUCCUUUGGGCAGAAUUAUCCGGAGGAAGCUGAUGGAACUUUGGAUUGUAUCAGCAUGGCCCUGACUUGCACUUUUAACAGAUGGGGCACACUACUUGCAGUUGGCUGUAAUGAUGGCCGAAUUGUCAUCUGGGAUUUCUUGACAAGAGGCAUUGCUAAAAUAAUUAGUGCACACAUCCAUCCAGUUUGUUCUUUAUGCUGGAGUCGAGAUGGUCAUAAACUCGUGAGUGCUUCUACUGAUAACAUAGUGUCACAAUGGGAUGUUCUUUCAGGCGACUGCGACCAGAGGUUUCGAUUCCCUUCGCCCAUCUUAAAAGUCCAAUAUCAUCCACGAGAUCAGAACAAGGUUCUCGUGUGUCCCAUGAAAUCUGCUCCUGUCAUGUUGACCCUUUCAGAUUCCAAACAUGUUGUUCUGCCGGUAGACGAUGAUUCCGAUUUGAACGUGGUGGCAUCUUUUGAUAGGCGAGGGGAAUAUAUUUAUACAGGAAAUGCAAAAGGCAAGAUUUUGGUCUUAAAAACAGAUUCUCAGGAUCUUGUUGCUUCCUUCAGAGUAACAACUGGAACUAGCAAUACCACAGCCAUUAAGUCAAUUGAGUUUGCCCGGAAGGGGAGUUGCUUUUUAAUUAACACAGCAGAUCGGAUAAUCAGAGUUUAUGAUGGCAGAGAAAUCUUAACUUGUGGAAGAGAUGGAGAACCCGAACCCAUGCAAAAAUUGCAGGACUUGGUGAAUAGGACCCCAUGGAAGAAAUGUUGUUUCUCUGGGGACGGGGAAUAUAUAGUGGCAGGUUCCGCCCGGCAGCAUGCCCUGUACAUCUGGGAGAAGAGCAUUGGCAACCUGGUGAAGAUUCUCCAUGGAACGAGAGGAGAGCUCCUCUUGGAUGUAGCUUGGCAUCCUGUUCGACCCAUCAUAGCAUCCAUUUCUAGUGGAGUGGUAUCUAUCUGGGCCCAAAAUCAAGUAGAAAACUGGAGUGCAUUUGCACCAGACUUCAAAGAGUUGGAUGAAAAUGUAGAAUAUGAGGAAAGAGAAUCAGAGUUUGAUAUCGAAGAUGAAGAUAAGAGUGAGCCUGAGCAGACAGGGGCUGAUGCUGCAGAAGAUGAGGAAGUGGACGUCACCAGCGUGGACCCUAUUGCUGCCUUCUGUAGCAGUGAUGAAGAGCUGGAAGAUUCAAAGGCUCUAUUGUAUUUACCCAUUGCCCCUGAGGUAGAAGACCCAGAAGAAAAUCCUUAUGGCCCCCCACCGGAUGCAGUCCAAACCUCCCUGAUGGAUGAAGGGGCUAGUUCAGAGAAGAAGAGGCAAUCUUCAGCAGAUGGGUCUCAGCCACCUAAGAAGAAACCCAAAACAACCAAUAUAGAACUUCAAGGAGUGCCCAAUGAUGAAGUCCAUCCACUACUGGGUGUGAAGGGGGAUGGCAAAUCCAAGAAGAAGCAAGCAGGCCGGCCUAAAGGAUCAAAAGGUAAAGAGAAAGAUUCUCCAUUUAAACCGAAACUCUACAAAGGGGACAGAGGUUUACCUCUGGAAGGAUCAGCGAAGGGUAAAGUGCAGGCGGAACUCAGCCAGCCCUUGACAGCAGGAGGCGCAAUCUCAGAACUGUUAUGAAGACCCUUGAAGUUCUUCGUUCUUCCUUGCUUAGCCAUCAUGUGGCCUCUGGACACUAUGGUCAGUCAUUUGAGAUUGACUUUAAUUUAAAACAAAGGCCUCUGCCUCCCACCCAGGAGGUGGGAGGAGUGCAUUUUAUGUUUAAAUGAAGAAGUGAAUUAUGGAAGAAGAGUAUACGUCCCCCUUCCCUUCUUUUUCAAGCAUAAGUCCAAAUAGGCUCUCAGGAAUGAGGAUUUGUGAAGACAUCAAUUAGGAGUUUGACUCAUUUAAACUUUAAUGCUUAGUUAUGUUGAUGGAGAAAAGAUACCUAUGUUUUGCUUAUGUAACUUUAUUGUACCCAGCAUCGUUUUGACAUCAUUUCCUAUCUCCUGUUUGCCUUCCGUCCUCAGUGCAUGUCCUUGAGUGACUUGUUCUUAUCUGAAAUUUUGCUACCAGUUUCCUAGGCCAACUUUUGUUGUGUGCUUUUCAUUUUUGAACUUAAUCUCUUCCUAGAUGACUCCAGGAUUUCCAUAUUAUGUACUAAGGAUGGGCAGAAAAGAAAGUGCUUGAAAGAUUUCAAAUUUUCAGAAAAGGAAGAAAGAUAAGAUGGCCCUGUCUUCCUACCAUAACACAUUUUGCUCAAGAAACUGGGCUGUACGAGAUUCAGGGUUUUUCCUUGUUUUCCUUUCAUUGCAUGUUUCCUUUCAGUAUUGGUUUGUUGUCACUAAUCAUGAUUUUUGAAGGUAGUUUUAUCCAUCCUUCAGUGAAGAAUCAUCAGUAGUUUAUUUUGCUUUACCUGUGCUGGCCUCCAGCAAUGGAAACAAACCUAGGUGUCUCUCAACAGGCUUCUUUUUUAUCAGGGUGGGGGAAUCUAUGCAAGGUCUGAAGUAAAACUGUCCCGAAUCAAAGCAGCAACAACUCAGUUAAAAUCAAAGAUCAAGGUGAAUUUGUUUUUAUCAUAGCCUUUGGAAAUCCAUCCCUCUCAGUCAUUGCAUUUUCCCCUUCCUGUAUCUCUGCUCCUUUUCUUACUGUGUGUUCAGUCACUUCCUUUCUGUGAAAGGUUGCUUAGCUUUUUUGCUUCUUUUUUUUUAUUUGUUGUUUUUUAUAUAAAAAGUAGUAGAUUGGAUAGAUGUGUGUACAUUAGGUGUUUGAAAUUCUCUGAAAAUCCAGUCAGGAAACCAGACAUAGAAAGGGCUCAGUAGCUUCUCUGAGUAGAGCUUUUAGCUGACUGGAAAUACUUAACCUGGAUCAUAAUUUUUUCAGUAUUUUAAAAGGAGAAUUUACAUACUGUGCUUAUUGUGAAAUCUCUAUCAGUUGGUGGAUGCUCCUGUAGGUAACCAAACACGUUGAUUGCCUUUUAGAUUUUAGUAUAGAAAUCAAAGUAGAACACAUCAGUAAGAGCCUCUUUCUCCCAUUUCAUCUUUUCAAACCGACAUAUUCAGUAGUUGAAGAAAGCUUUUCCUGAGGCAGUUGCAAAAUGUCUAUAUUUUUAGAUGCCACUACUUUUUUCUUAAGUGCUCAUUUUGGGAAUUUCAUAUGAAUUAGACCAGUGGUUGAGGUUGGUAGGUGGCUCACUAGACAUGUUUGCAGACAUCAUAUCCAUUCCAGUUGUCUCUAUACUGUGCACUGCAGUAGUGUGCACACUGCGCAAUACAAGGGUUUCUGCCUUAUUUUCAUGUGUGAAGUAGCUUGAUUUCUUCUGCCUGUAUGUUUGGAUGUUUAUGCUGUGUCCACCUCCUAAACUGGCUACUGAGAAAAUUGUCUUAAGCCCUGUCAGACUGUCUCUGGCAACAGCUCCUAAUCAUUAUUUAUGUCUUGGAAUUUUUUUAAAACUUCUAAAACCUUUGGUCCAUUUUCAUUUGAAUUUCUUGAUUUGUACAAUAUAUGUAUAUUCUCUUCUUCCCUUUUGUCACCCCUGUGCCCCCAUCAUUUUUAAAAAAUGUUCUGUAGUUUUGUACAAGAUGAGACUUAACCUUGGAAACUUCUUGCUGAAGCUUUAAUGCUUUGUAAAUAAAAUCAGAUGUUUAUUAAA